AUGAACUCCAUCACUUCUGUGUUUGCAGGUUCUUUUCGUGGAGUCGAAGAUGAAGAGACAUCUUCUGAACAGAGCAGAUCUGCAGAAGGAGUGUCACAGAUUAGGACUGCAAAAGCAGGUUUGUCUCCUGAGAAGACCCAGCCCUGUAAGAUGUGCAUCCCGGUCUUGAGAGACAUCUUGCACUUGGCUGAAGAGCAAGGAACAAAUAGGGGGCAGAAAGCAUACACAUGUGGGGCAUGUGGGAAACACUUCUAUUUCACUGCAAACCUUCAAGAUCACCAGAAGCAGCAUGUUAGAGAGAAUCCCUUACGAUACGAUAUGUGGAGACCCUCUUUUUCGAAGAGCCGCACAAUCCACACAACAGGGAAUCUCUCCACCUGCAUGGAGAUUGGGCACGACUUCGUGGCCAACAUGGGAUUUCAGCCACAGGCCACUAAUACCAGGAAGAAACUGAACAACAGUAAGGAGUGUGAAGCUGUUUUUCACAGUGGACAAGGUCAUCACACCUGGGGAGAAGGCAAGAAGGCCUCCAGCCACACAGAUGUACUUGUUGAGGAUGUGAGAGUCUUCUCUAGUGAGUUCAGAAAAUGUGAGAAAGCCUUCACCCGAAGAGCUAAACUUAUUCAGCAUGAGCAAGUUCCCACUGGAGAAAGGCCUUAUGAAUGUAGCCGUUGUGGAAAAUGUUUUAGCCACAAAUCCAGUUUCCUUUCACAUCAGAGAGUUAACUGUGGAGGAACUCUUUAUGACUGCAGUGAAUGUGGGAAAUCCUUUAAGCAAAGGAAGUACCUCAGAGCACAUAGGAAAAUCCACAGUGGAGAAAAGCCUUAUGAAUGCAAAGAAUGUAAUAAAUCUUUCAUCCAAAAGUGCAUCUUAAUUGAACAUCAGAGAGUUCACACUGGAGAAAAACCUUAUCAAUGCAGCCAAUGUGGAAAAUUUUUUACCCGCAAAUCUAAUUUCCUUGCUCAUCAGAGAGUUCACACUGGAGAAGAGCUUUAUGAGUGUACUGAAUGUGGGAAAUGUUUUACUACUAGCUCUGGGCUGUAUUAUCAUCUGAGAAGAAUUCACAGUGGAGAAAGACCUUUUGAGUGCAGUGAAUGUGGUAAAUUCUUUAGCCGAAACGAACAACUCAGUGCCCACAUGAAUGUUCAUACUGGAGAAAAGCCUUAUGAGUGCAAUAAAUGUGGGAAAUCUUUUACCAGUAGGUCGAACCUUUGCAAUCAUUGGAGAGUUCACAGUGGAGUAAGGCCUUUUGAAUGCAGUGAAUGUGGUAAAUUCUUUAGCCAAAAGGCACACCUUGAUGCCCAUAAGAAAUUUCACACUGGAGAACAAGUUUAUGAAUACAAUAAAUGUGAGAAAUCUUUAACUCCUAGGCUGAACCUCCAGUGUCAUCAGAGAGUUCACAGUGGAGAAAGGCCUUAUAAGUGCAGUGAAUGUGGGAAAUCUUUUGUUGCUAGGAGUGGCCUCCGGUAUCAUCAGAAAGUUCACAGUGGAGAAAGGCCUUAUAAGUGCAGUGAAUGUGGGAAAUCCUUUACUGCUAGGAAAAUCCACACUGGAGAAAAGCAUUUUGAGUGCAAGGAAUGUUGUAAAUCUUUCACCCAAAGGUGCCACUUGAUGAAACAUCAGAGAGUUCACACUGGAGAAGGGACCUUAUGA